AUUUGAUGAUUUGGUUCCACUGAAAUUUUCAAAACUAUCAAAAUGUUGGCGACUUUGCUCAGUGUACCUAUAACAAUUGCCAUCGAGAUUCUGGAAAAGUUGGACCCGAUGGAUCGAUUGGCCUGUCGAAAAGUCUGCCGAUGCCUGAGAACGGCUUCCGAUAGGUUUGGAGCUUCUUUUAGAAAAGUUAAGAUCUCAUUCCUGAAAGAUUACAUUUGUAUAUGGUUAGAUGAAACAAUAAUCAUGUAUACUCAUGAGAUUGCUGGCGUAUCAGUGACCCAUAAUCAACGAAAAACAACUAUCAAUCAAGAGCAGUUCAUUGGAAUAGUAUUGAAAGACUUCGAUAUAGUAUCUAGCCGUGUUCCAGAAUUAGAAAUCAAGCAUGACAAUGAUGAUAGACAAGAUAUCGACGCUUUUCUUAUGUGCAUCUCGAAACGAGAAAAAUGUGUUAAUUUGAAGAGAUUAAUGUUUGAACGUCUCUCAAUCAAUGAUAUUCUCUUUCUUAUUCCAUUUUUUAAUUUUCAAGUACUACAAUUCUGGUAUAGUGACACUAAAGAUCGAUUCGAAAGGAUCACUCAUUUGAAUCAAUGGGGAAAUACAAAAAGCUUUGGACUCUGGGAUUCCGCUUUGGAUAGUAAACUAAUUGAACGACUCUUUCACUUUGAAACGAUCAGCGUUGGUAUUAGACGUUUUACAGUGAAAACUGCGAUCAAAAUUCGAGAUAAUCUCCUGAAAAGAAGUACCUUCAAGCAAUGCAUCAUCAGACAUACAAGCCGUAACUAUCUCAAUCUUGCAAAAGUAUUCAAGCCGGAUUAUGUCGGAGACAAACGUUUUAAAGCUCGGCUUCUUCCCGAACAAGGCUCAAAUGAUAUUGGAAAGGCUUAUCAAUACUUAUUCCACCGUAUUCCACGUGCUACUAAUGAUGGAUUCAAAUCUUCUCUCACUAAAAUGCAAAUGAUAUCUCGUAUCACUACUGGAAUAUACUUACAACAUGGAUUAUCCACUGGAUCUAUUACAUCAGAUGAUCUUAUUCCUGAACUACUUCAUUUUGGAUCUAUCACUCCAACUCAGAUAUCUGCAAUCAAUACUGAUAAGUUAUCUAAGAUUGUUGAGGGGAUUAAUGAGCUCCCAGGAAAAUUAGAAUCGAGUGUUAUUCAACUUGAGGAUCAGCUUCUCAUGUUUGCUUCUGUUAAUGAGAAGGUUAAGGGUGUGGUCCCAGGAAGCAUUAUUCUAAAAGACGAUGCAUACAAGACUCAACUUGAUGCAUUGAAGUUAGAGGAUUGGAGAAAAGUAGAUUCUUUUGCAAAAGGAAUUGUUAUUUUUCUAAACGAAAUGGAAAGUAUGGAAGGAGUGACCAGUGAUGAUUCCGCUAAUAUCGAAUUAAGUGACAUGGCUUCUCAUUUACCAAAAUUCAAAUAUUGGACUUUGGAAAAAUAUAAUGUUUACGCACAAAAUCAGCAUCUCCGAAACAUUCACAUUUCCUAUCCUUCCCUCAAUUUAGUCUACAAAGCAGUGGCUGAGUUUUUCCCAUAUAAAAACAGUCUAGAUGGUUCUCUCCUAUCCAAAGUUCAAGAAAACAUCAAUCAUUUGAGCAAACUGGCUGUAGAAAUGAAGUUAGAAGCUCCAAUGAUCUCACAACUUCAUAAGAUGUUCUUGUCACGAAGCUUGAAAAAUACUGAUAAUAUCAAAUUCAUUUCUGGAUUAUUGAAUGGAAUAUCAGAUAUUCAAAUGAUUUUCAAUGACUUGAGGAAUGAUUGGGUGAAUGAGACUGUUGCGGGACAGGCUUACAACUUGGUAAAGGCUCUGAAUCAAUUGAAGACUUUAGCCAGUGACGCCAAAACGGUUGAACAGUCGAUUAGGUCGGAUGAGAAUCAGAUUCACAAGGAUGUAUCGGAUGUUUAUCAAAAAGUCAAUCAUCUGGCGGAUAUUGCGGAUAUUGUAAAACCUUUGGUAGAUACUGUCAGUAGUAUUUCAUUUCCUAAAGCUGCAAUCAGUGCUCCUGAGGUUCAGAAAAUUGGUCCGCUUAUCACGAACAUGAAGCUGCUGUCGUCGAAACUUGGUGCCCUUGAAACUUUGGUUAAGCUGUCGAGGACUCUGCAAAGGGAAGAGUAUAAGAUCAAGUUAGAUGAGAUUAUAAACAUCGCGAAAGCAACUGAAAAUACACUCGAUCGAUUCCAAAAAAAAAUUGAAAAGGAUUUCGGUGAAAUUUCAACUUUUGUCAAUGGAUUGCAAGGUUUUUUGGAUGGAUUUGCUUUUUUGAAGAAUAUUCAAGGAAUUGACUCAUUGAAGCCUGUUAUUGAAGUCAUCAGAUCUUAUCGGGACUCGAAUACAAAAAGCACAGUUAGUCUAAGCACUUUGAAAACCCAGUUGCCAAUGAUCAAAAAUAAACUGAGGACACUGGAUGUCUACAUCAAGAAAAUCAAGAAUUCGAAGCAUAUGGAGACAGAAGCAUUGUCAGCUUUCACCAGCAUUGCCGUGGAUUCACAGAUGGUUGGGAUGGCUACACGUGGAAUCACUGAUAUGCAGAGGAUGGGCAGUCAGACAGUUGAUUUGAAGCCUCUGAAGGAUUGGAGUGCUAGGAUUGAGGUGGAGAUGAAGAAGCAUGAGCUGGAUCCUGCAGAUGUCAAGAAUUUGAAAUCACUGGCUGGAUUGGAGACAGAGUUGAAUAGGAUCAAGAAGGAAGCUGGAACAUUUAUACAGUCUGUGGCGCCUGUGAAUUCCAACAAAUUGUCGGAUUAUUCGGGAAUUUUCCAAAAGGCUAAAAGUGUUAAAGGAAUCAACAUCGACUUGCCAGCUAUCAUCGGUUCCGUGGAAAAUUUGAAGACUCGUCUACCAUCAACAAGAAGAAGAAGAGCACCUGGAGUUUCUGGAGUAUCAAUAUCCCAGUUAGAUAAUCUUCUGAAGCUUCUCAAAUCCCUUCAAGUCUACGAUUCCACCAAGUUCGUCAAAGCCUUCGAUGGUUCUGCCAAGUCUCUGCAAGUUCUUGAUGGUUUGUUCCUUGCCUACGCAAGUACUCUGACUCGAUUGAAGACGCCGGGAGCUCAACCUCUACAUGCAAACCCUGGAAACCCUGCCAACAAACCAACUGCUCCAGGAGGAAACAAAGGAGCCGCUAGUCCCUCUGCAACAAACUAUCAUCAUUCUGCAAAGGCAGAUGCUGAGAUGGGUUUUUUGGAGAACAACUCCCCGUGGUCAUACAUUGGUCUGAGUCUUAUCGUGUGUUCUUUUGUUGCCCUAUUCGUCUACAUUGGUCUUUGGUUUUAUCACUCACGAAAAGUCAAACUUGAUGUAUCUCCCGAUCUGGUACCCCUGCCGAACGAUUUAAUUACAACAACUGCUCUACCAGAAAUCAAAAUUGAGAAAGCUCCAAAGGAACCAAAAGUCGAAUCGUUCAGUUUAACACUGCUGGUCGCUAUAAAAUACGUUACUGAUCUUCAUCUGUGACGGGAUAAUUUUUUUAAUCAAGUUGAGCAUAGCCUGCCGAAAUUUUAUGAAGCUCAAGACCUAGAUGUUCAAAAGCCAAAGGUUUCUGAUCUUGUUAAGAGUCACUCAAUGGAUCUUAGAGUUUCCAUUCCACUUAUCGAGAACACACGCGUCAUUCUAAAGAAAUAUGGUUCAAGAUUCAAGGAUGGAUUUCUUCACGCGAACUAUGUGACAUGCCCAAAUGGAGCACAGUUAAUUCUCACACAAUCUCCACAAUGCGAGAUUUUGGAGCCAAAGUUAGCCAUGAAAGGAGACAAGCAUGCUGAAAUGAUGCCACGUCGCAACUCGACAAUCGGCAAGUUUUGAUGGAUGAUCAGACAGGAGAAGGCGCAGCAGAUUGUGAUGAUGUGCGAUGUGGUCGAGAGAAGUAUUCAGACGGGACGUAUUGUCGAGAUGUGCUCCAGAUAUUUCCCGGAGAAAGUGAACUGCGAGAUCAAGGUCGAUGGGAUUAAUGUGGAAUGUACUGCAAAAGUUACAUCAGAUGGUGUGGAGCGUCGGAGUUUGCGUGUUACGUUUGAGAACGGUGAUACGAUCUUUGUAACUCACAAUUUGAUCUCUUCUUGGACAUUUGUGAACACUCAAGAGACUACGGAUACUAUGGUUUCAAUGGUUCGUUACUUGAACAAAUGUAAGGGAU